GUUGCCUACUGCGUAGACUUAUUCGAAGCGAAAUUUCCAUCCUAACAAGUUAUUUGUACGUUCCGUAAUCAACCGACUAAUUAGAGUUACUAGUUCUUAUUUUUUCAACCCGUUUCUAUCAUGCCAAAGAACAAGAAGAAAGAGAGCUCAUCGGAUUCGGAUUCCGGUCCGGAAGAUCGACAUCCUGUCAAAAAGCCAAAAUCGUCAGCAUCAUCGAAGGAUGAAGAAGAGUUUUUCAUCCUUGAUAAACAUCGAAAAAUCUCUGUAAGUGAGUUUAAAGGCAAGGUUUACGUUGGCAUUCGUGAAUUCUACGAAAAGGACGGCAAACAGUUGCCGUCCAAGAAAGGCAUAAGCCUCUCGAUUCCCCAAUGGAAGAAAUUGCUGGAACACGCGGACGACAUCAACGAAAAGAUAAAACAGUUCUGAAACAAUUUUCAGAGCCAAGAAGUACAAUGAUUUUGAUUUAUCAAUAAAUAA